AUGGUUGCAAUUUCCAGGCCUCUCAAGGUCUACUUCCUACCUUUCUUGGCACAAGGCCAUCUGAUCCCUUCCUGCCAAUUUGCUAGGCUCUUCGCUGCACAUGGUUUGCAUGUGACCAUCAUCACCACCUCUGUGAAUGCCCCAUUCCUUGAAAGCUCCAUUGAAGAAAGCAAGGCCUUGGGCCACCAUAUCCAACUUCACAUCAUCAGAUUUCCGUCCGAGGAAGUCGGUCUUCCUGUCGGCAUCGAGAACUUCUUCAAUGUCACAGAUGCUCAGACUGCUGAUAAGUUUUACGUGGCUGCAGGUUUGCUCAAGAAUCAAGUGGAGCCUUUCAUGGAGCAAAACCCACCAGAUUGCAUCUGUGCAUGA